UGGUGGUUGAGAGCGGUGGGAGCCUGUGCGCCAAAGAGCUUACCCUCCGGAGGGGGUGUCCCGCGACGGUGAAUCCCUCCGUUGCCUCUAAAAGCUCGAAAAAACUGCUGGGCGCUGGGCCACCGCAGUACCCUCUUUCCUCUGGCGGGGGAACCGUUUUUUAAAUAUCCGAGGGCGUGGGUCAGCCUCCCUUAGGACUUCAUGUCUAUAUAUUUCCCCAUUCACUGCUCUGAUUAUCUGAGAUCAGCUGAAAUGACUGAGGUGAUGAUGAACACCCCAUCUAUGGAUGAGAUCGGGCUGAAUAACCAAAAGGAUAGCAUCUCCUAUCAGAUCUUUCCAGAUCCCUCUGACUUUGAGUGCAUCUGCAAACUGAAGGACCGCCUCCCUUCCAUUGUGGUGGAGCCCACAGAGGGAGAAGUGGAAAGUGGGGAGCUCAGAUGGCCCCCAGAGGAGUUCGUGGUCCAUGAAGAUGCGAAAGAAAAGAAAGAAGAAAAAGAGAAAGAGAACAAGGAGCAGUAAAUCUAUUGAGGGGGCACCCAAAGGGGGCAAAAAAAAAUACAUGUAAACUGUAUUUUUUUUCCCAUCAUGGUGGAAAAUGAGUGAGCCACAGUAGUUCUGAAAAUGUCUAAUGACAGCUUCAAUUUUGCACCUGCGAGAUCACUGGGUUGGUUUUCUUUUUUUUUUUUUUAUAUGUAUUUUUUUUUUCCGAAAGCAAUAUGUCCAGCAGCUGAGUCCUCAAUGCAAAGAUCAGCAAGGCCUUCUGAGAAAGGAAGUCACUUAACUGGGGUUGGGGAAGUGUCUGCUGCUUUGAGAUCACUAUCUGAACUCUGCAUAGUCUAGAGGAGUUGUGAUAUUCCAGGGGGGGUUUGGUAAAAGGCAGAGCAAGUAAGGAACAUUCUGAGGCAAAAAACAGUCUACAAAAAUAAGAGAAAAUAAAGGUUUAAGAAAACAACUCAGCAAAGAACUACAGCCAGAAAGCAUUCAGAGGGAACUAGUGCUGGCUCAAAAGUACAUCAGUAGAUAGAGUCAUCAUCUCUCCCAUUUUUCUCUUUUUUCCCCAUUUGUUUCUGUUCAGAGUGUGUUUGAAUGGGUUAACAAGGGAGGAGGGGGAAAGAGACCACAUUGGGAGCUCUCUAAUGUCAAAACAGGCAAUGGGUUGUGAGGCAGGCAUGUGGGAAAGUCCCUUGAUCACCUCCCUCCUCCCCUCCUUUUUUCCCCCCCUGCUCGCCCUCUUCCUCUACAGAAGAC